CCAUCAGCUGUGAAGGGCCUUUCUGGGAGAGUUUUACUCGGAAUGUGUGAUAGCGAUGUAUUAUUAUCCCAUGCUGGCAGUAUUCAUAGACCAUGACUCUCUAUCCAACAGAUCCUACCUGAAUAGAUCAGAGAUGGCCCAGAAAAUCUGCCUACCUGCCCCUUACGGAGUACCUGUCCUUGCAGUUUUACUUUUGCCGUGUCUAGUCACAGGGGUGGAGCUGGCUAUAAACAAUAGUUCUGAUAACCAAAUACUAUCCACAAAGCCUGGCCGUGAAGAGUCCCUGUGGUGCACUGUACAUAACAACAGCAGGGCGGAGGAAUUACGCUGGUACCGAGGAGACAGGACUGUGAACUUGAAAGAUGGAAAUAAAAUGAAUACCACUAACCUCUGCAUACUUCCAGUCUCUAAGACCGACAACGGCGUCAGCUUUACCUGCAAGCUGGUGCGGAACGAGUCCAUUCAGAUCUCGGUGACUCUGGAUGUCCAGUUUCCCCCUCUCCUAACUGGGGAAGACCCUCCUCCAGUAGAAGAAAAGAAUGAUGUGAAGCUGACCUGCCAUGUGAAUUCCAACCCUCAAGCUGAAAUGGUUUGGUAUAAAGACAACAGCCCCCUGACCCUGAAGAGAGGUCGCUAUCAGAUACACCACACCAGUGAGGUCUUCCAGCUGACUAUCAAGAAAGUAGACAAAUCUGACAAUGGAACAUACACUUGCGAGGCUAAAUCUGUUCUCGGAGAGAUGAGAAAGGAGUUCCACCUGACAGUUGAAGAUAGGAAACCAGUUUUUCCCUUGGAGGCCAUUAUUGCUGCCAUCGUGGUGGUUUUACUCACUGUAAUUUUUGGAAUUGUGGCUCGAAGAGAAAAAAUAUUUAAGUGCUCCAAAAAGACAAAAGAAACACCAAGUGAAACAGCUCUGUGAAGAAAUCCUGAGGUUACUGUGUGCACCUAAGAAGCACCAUCUGUAGCAGGACAUAUGCCCUUGUGUUAAGGGAUGGGAUUAGCCAUUAUAAAUUGCAAUAGUUACUCUAGUUCAUACAGUUUCUUCUAUAUUUAUUGUUAUUUUACACAAUGAUCCUUUCAAAAUGUAAAUGGUUCUUUAUGUAUGUUGAUUAAAACCUACUGCUUUGAACACA